GUUUUUCUAUUUUUUUCUUUUUUGCAUUUUAUCAUCUUGCACAAUUUGCCCGUCUAUACUUCUAAAUGACUUCGCAUACUUUUAGCCAGAAAAAGUUCAUACCCACACCACCGGAAAAGGGUAGUUUCCCCUUGGAUCACGAAAGUUUGUGUAAAAAGUAUUAUUUACUUUACAUGAGCUGUCUGCGUCGCAGUGACGAUCAAAAUUCACAGUGCCGCAAAGAAGCUCAAGAAUAUUUAGAUUGUCGCAUGAAGAAUCAGUUAAUGGAACAGACUGAAUGGUCCAAAUUGGGUUUCAGUGAAGGCGAGACGAAAGCCAAUAAAACGGAUAAAACACCGCAAUAGCAUUUUAAUUUAAAAGUAGAACAAACAAAAUCACAUCAAAUACAAAAUGAAAACCAAUAAAAAUAUUUUAAUAGCUUGU